CUCCAUAUUAUUUAGAGACAGAAAUCGAAUAGACCGGAACUAUACUUCUUUAGCGGGUCAACACGGGGACGUUAAACCGUGACACCACCGGAAGUGGUGGGAUAACGACUCUUGGACGUUUCCUAAAUAACAACAGCAUCAUCUGCCUACCUCUCGAGCCAGAGACGGCCCGACAAUGAUGGAGGACAAAAACGAAGUUCUGGGUCGGGACCUGAAACCAGAUGAGACAGGUGUCGAAUGGCUGGUAGUAAGUAAAGAAGAGGAUCUCGCUGAGGAGCAGGAGUGGAGCUCCAGUUCAGACCAGGAGGAAUCAGAACCGCUAUACAUUAAAGAAGAGGAAGAAGAGGAGGACGUCACCAAGUUGCCCUUCAAUAUUGUCGUAGUGCAGUUUGACCAUGAAGAUGGCGUUCGGUCCUCACAGAGGUCGCUCGCGUCUGAGGCGGAUGAUGAUAAGGGCUGUCAAGAAGCCAGUGACGCUCAGUCAGGUACAAGCCCUGGAGUCUCUGUCAGUGAGAAGAAAGGUGACUCUAAUAAUGUGACCUGCGAUCAAUGUGGGAGGACACUGGCCUCCAAGAGAGGGCUGACCCUGCACAAGAAAAGCUGCAAUGGACGAUCUCUGGCUUGUUCGUUCUGUGGAAAAUCCUUCACUCAGAAGGGGAACCUUGAAAAUCAUGUGAGAAUUCAUACUGGCGAGCGACCUUUCCAGUGUUCAGUAUGCAAGAAGUGCUUUAAUCAGAGGGAACAUCUGAAGGCUCAUUUUAGAAGCCAUACAGGUGAGAAGCCGUUCCGCUGCACAGAAUGUGGGAAGCACUUUACCGAGACUGGAAGUCUAAGGGGACACAUGCGGAUGCACACCGGGGAGAAGCCCUUUAUCUGUAACAUGUGCAGUAAAUGUUUCUAUCACAGAGAGCAUUUGAAAAGGCACCUGAGGAUUCAUUCGGGGAUAAAACCCUUCCACUGCUACCAGUGUGGUAAAAACUUCACUGAGAGAGGAAACCUUAAGACCCACAUGAGAGUUCACACGGGGGAGAAGCCAUUCAGUUGCACACAAUGUGGGAAGCGUUUCUCCGAGAGCGGCAAUUUAAAGGCUCACUUAAGAAUUCACACGCGGGAGAAGCCAUCCAGCUGUUUGGUAUGUGGAAAGGCUUACAGUCAACUGAAGAACCUGAAGAGACAUGAGAAAACCCACACAUCUGGGAGUGGCAUCCAGGCUAAGAAGUCAUAGGUACGAGGAACUAUGUCAAGUGGACUAAUUUGAGAAACAGUGGAUUUACAAGACGUUUGAAUGUUCCACCCACUCACUUCGGAAAGUUGCCGGUAUUUGGGUCACGUUCUUCCAGCUGUAUUCCCCAAUUAUGUAAUCAAACUGUGCAACUUUUCCAUGGUGGAUAUGGGUCAUAGAGUGACGUUGUGAUUCAAUAUAGCACCUUGUUUGACGGUGUUGUUUUCGCAAGUUAAGCAAAAUGUUUCAGAGAUACCAAGGCUCUGGAUGAAUUACGAUGACUUAUGCUUUUAAUUCCUAUGGAAAAUUUAUGUGACUUGUCUGGAGAAGGGGUUUAAUAGCAACAUUUUUGUUUGUUGUUGUUCCUAUUUUGUUGUUUUG